UCCUUGCUGUCGCGUUUUCUGCCCGAUUGUUCGCUCGCUCGGAUCCUUUUCCCUCGCCUUGCUGGAUUCGUCGUCACUUCACCUGCGCUCUCGCCUCGCCUCGCCACCUCGCCUUCAACUCGUGUAGCAUGAUGGUAGCUCCUCGCGUGAACUGUCUGGCGCUACGCAUUAGCACCCUGGCUGCGCCAGGCGGUCGUUCUUUACUGUCACGGCCGGUAUUGUCACGGCUCGUGUCAUCCGCGUGUCGGUGGAUUCACGCUGCUGAGUCCUCUAGAAUAAAGGCACGGAAUCUGCUAGAAAAGAGAGCAGCCUGCUCGUUGCGGCAACGGGGCUCCCAAGUUACUUUGCUGAAAUAGCUCAUUUCGGAAUCUAACCACCUCGACCAGAGUCACAAUCCUGAUGAUAGUAAGGGUUCUGAAUCUCUAGAGUCUAUAAGGACUGGCAACCCCAUCAUUGGCCAGCCUUAUUUUUAGACUUGUCAGAACUAUUCUCUUCUCAGUGUGAGAAUUCUCCUCGGCUUUGCUGCCAGUGAAGCAGCGUCUCGUGGAAACUCUCGUGGAAACUGACAGCGUUAUAUCCAUCCGGCCUGACUAAGGCUGCUUCUGGGGAAACGCCAGUGCGGGAAAUUGCACUGACUGACUCAGAGCGAAUUGCACUGAACUCGGAGUUCGUGACUACUACUUCCACGAAUCAGUCGCCGGCGGUCGUGAUGCGUGCGCUGCAGCAGACCAUGCAAGGACGGCACAUGAUAGUGCAAGGCCGGCGGAAUGGGCGUCAACGCCCCUUGUGCCUUCUCCUUCACUUGCUUCUGAUUGCUGCAUGGUCUGCUGCAGUAGCAUCAGCAGCAGUGGCGGCAGCAGGAGCAGGCUCCCACAAAGAGGAGGCUGCUGAAACCAGUGCAUCUGGUGCGCCUGGUGGGUCUGGUGCGUCUGUCCAGGCGUCUGCUAGCCCUGCAUCAGGAGCCGCCGUUUCCAAGGGUUCAUCACUUAAAUCACCUGACAUCGCACUGUUCAACAAAUCGGCCAGGCUUUCUGGUUCUAGUAUAAGGGAUCAUCAUACCGGCGCAGGACAUUUCUCUAUUACUAAAGGAAAUCAUCAUACCGGCGCAGGGAAGUUGAAGCAACGGCCACGCAGGCUCCCAUGGGGAUUGGCGAGCCAGAUAGGUUCCCUCAGGAAAUGGCCACGUGGAUCCAGUCAAUGUACGUGCUCCACGUCAUCAUCACAACCGUUGCUGCGAUGGCUGCGUCCGCAUAAGACAAGGAGAGGCGAGGAGGGCUGUGGGAAGGGACGGAGGGGCAAGGGGAAGAGGAGCAAGGGGAAGAGGAGCAAGGGGAAGAGGAGCAAGGUGAAGAGGAGCAAGGGGAAGAGAGCAAGGGGAAGAGGAGCAAGGGAAAGAGAAGCAGAUCGAAGAGAGGCAAGGUAGUGACUGGCUUAUUGAAGGCGAAGAAGCGUCUGUGCACCGCGGUGGGAUGUGCAAAUGAUGAAAGUCGGAGGAGGAGGAGAGUAGGGGAAGGCGUGUGAGUAGGGCGUCAGGCAGACCCAAAUCUCCAGCGGAAACUCCACUGAAGCCACCUGCUCAAAUGACGCUGGCCAGAAACCACCUGCUCCAAGAACGCCUGGUCAGAAACCACCUCCUUCAAAAACACCUGGACAAAAACCACCUGCUCCAAUGAUGCCUGGUCAGAAGCCACCUGCUUCAAAAGCACCUGGACAGAAAGCACCUGCUCCAGUAACACCUGGAUCAAGAUCACCUGCGAGUCCAGGUUCAUCUGGAGCACCAGCUGGCCGCCACGUCAGCAUGAAAUCGCAGCAAGGCUCACUGCAAACACCAGCAUCAGGCGACUCAUCUAUGGAACCAUCAGGCAAGCCUGUGAUCAACGCCACAUACAAGGCUGUAGCGCCGUCCCCGGCUGUAGCGCCAUCUCCUGCUGUAGCGCCAUCUCCUGCUGUAGCGCCAUCUCCUGCUGUAGCGCCAUCUCCUGCUGUAGCGCCAGCUAGUGGCGGUGUUGCUGAUUCCCCUAAUUCUUCCAGUGCGUUUGGUGCAGCUGGUGCUGCUGGCUCUGCUGGUUUCCCCA